AUGGGAAUAUCACGCGAGACUGUAAGAAGAGCACUGAAAAUGCAUAAAUUUCAUUCCUGUAAAAUGCAGUUACUUCAAGAGCUCUACGAAGAUGAUUUUGAUAAAAGAAUAGAGUUUUGUAAAACCAUGUCUGAUCAAGUUAACGCCAACCCCAAUCUUCUGCUGAAUAUCUGUUUCAGUGAUGACAUUUUAUUUUAUAUUUUUUUCUAA